AUGAAUUCCUGGAGGAGCUGCGCCAGGGGACCAUCGAGCGGGAGUGCAUGGAGGAGAUCUGCAGCUACGAGGAGGUCAAGGAGGUGUUUGAGGACAAGGAGAAAACGAUGGAGUUCUGGAAAGGGUACCCGAAUGCAGUCUAUUCAGUCCGAGACCCUGCGCAGAGCUCAGAUGCCAUGCGAGUGUCCAGGACCCACUUGGAGGAUGACAGAAAAAGCCAAUGGAGUGAAGAGCUCCCUAGCCAAUAACCACAGCCAUCAUGCACCUCCUGCCAUCAAGGUCAAUGGCGAAGAUGACCACAGGACCAGCAACAGGUGACCCUUGGUCACCCCUGCUCCUUCCUCUGCGGCCGACGAUGACACCUCCUCAGAACUACAGAGGCUGCAGAAGAGGGGUGGCUUCUGCAGGAUUGCCUGCCUGGUGGGGGUCAUCAGAGAGUGGGCCAACAAGAAUUUCCACGAGGAGGAGCCCAGACCUGACUCGUUCCUUGAGCGUUUCUGUGGGCCUGAGCUCCAGACCGUGACGACACAGCAAGGAGAUGGCAAAGGCGACAAGGACAGCGAGGGCAAGGGCUCCCAAGCAUGCGGUCGGAGGGUGAAGAAAUGUGAACUAUUUGUCUUGGACCCAGCUGGGGACUGGCACUACCGCUAGCUAUUUGUCAUCGCCAUGCCUGUCCUCUACAACUGGUGCCUUCUGGUGGCCAGAGCCUGUGACCUACAGAAAGAUUACUGCAUAGUAUGGCUGGUGCUGGACUACUUCUCAGAUGUGGUCUACAUCGCAGACCUCUUCAUCCGAUUGCGCACAGGUUUCCUGGAGCAGGGGCUGCUGGUCAAAGAUACCAAGAUGUUGCGGGACAACUACAUCCACACCCUGCAGUUCAAGCUGGAUGUGGCUUCCAUCAUCCCUACAGACCUGAUCUAUUUUGCUGUGGGCAUCCACAGACCUGAGCUGCGCUUCAACCGCCUGCUACACUUUGCCCGGAUGUUUGAGUUCUUUGACCGCACUGAGACACGCACCAGCCACCACAACAUCUUCCACAUCAGCAACCUGGUCCUCUACAUCUUGGUCAUCAUCUGCUGGAAUGCCUGCAUCUACUACGCCAUCUCCAAGUCCAUUGGUUUUGGGGUCGACACCUGGGUUUACUCCAACAUCAUUGACCCUGAGUAUGGCUACCUGUCUAGGGAAUGCAUCUAUUGCCUUUACUGGUCUACACUGACCCUCACCACCAUUGGGGUGACACCACCCCCCGUAAAAGAUGAGGAGUACCUAUUUGUCAUCUUUGAUUUCCCGAUUGGUGUCCUCAUCUUUGCCACCAUCGUGGGUAACGUGGGCUCCAUGAUCUCCAACAUGAACGCCACCCGGGCUGAGUUCCAGGCCAAGAUCGAUGCCGUCAAACUCUAUAUGCAGUUCCAAAAGGUCAGCAAGGAGAUGGAAGCCAAGGUCAUUAGGUGGUUUGACUACCUCUGGACCAAUAAGAAGAGUGUGGAUGAGCGGGAAGUUCUCAAGAAGCUGCCAUCCAAGCUGAGGGCUGAGAUAGCCAUCAACGUCCACCUGUUCACACUCAAGAAAGUGUGCAUCUUUCAGGAUUGUGAGGCUGGCCUGCUGGUGGAGCUGGUAUUAAAGCUCCAUCCUCAGGUCUUCAGUCCUGGGGAUUAAGGGGGUAUUGGGAAGGAGAUGUACAUAAUCAAGGAAGGAAAAUUGGCAGUGGUGGCUGAUGAUGGUGUCACUCAGUAUGCCCUGCUCUUGGCUGGGAGUUGCUUUGGAGAGAUCAGUAUUCUUAACAUUAAAGGCAGCAAAACGGGCAAUCGACGCACAGCCAAUAUCCGAAGCCUUGGCUACUCAGAUCUCUUCUGCUUGUCCAAGGAUGAUCUUAUGGAAGCUGUGACGGAGUACCCUGAUGCCAAGAGGGUCUUGGAGGAGAGAGGCCGGGAGAUCUUGAUGAAGGAGGGAUUGCUGGAUGAGAAUGAGGUGGCAGCCAGCAUCGAGGCGGAUGUGCAGAAGAAGCUAGAACAGCUGGAAACCAACAUGGAGACCUUGUACACUCGCUUUCCCUGCCUGCUGGCUGAGUACCCAGGGGCCCAGCAGAAGCUCAGGCAGCGCAUCAUGGUUUUGGAAACCAAGAUGAAGCAGAAUAAUGAGGAUGACUACCUGUCAGAUGGAAUGAAUAGCCCCAAGCCAGCUGCUGCUGAGAAGCCAUAA